UUGAAGGAUCCGUGUUUGUUGUCUGCGGCUUGUUUUGGUUGGGCACAUACGGACAACUGAAAACCGUAGCUUGGAGCUUGGCUCCAGCGAUAUCAGAUUAAGUCUUACUCAGUUGCAGCUCGUUACAAGGCAGACGCCUGCAACGGUCACGCGAUGACAAGAUGGCAACGGAUCAGCGCCCGUGCAAAGUGCGGAGGAAGGCAACAAUUGCGCAGAGCUAUGUAGAGGCUUAUUCUGGCUUUCUCUCAGGGUGCCAUCAUCUUGAUGAUGAUGAUCAUUUGGGCGAGCUUUACGAUUGGGUUCAGCAACCACGUACAGUUCAGCGUGUAGAGUUUUGGGGUUCGAGAUCGUUUGUUCAUCCGCGCGUUUUCUUUUUAUAUACCACGGGCGAUAGUACAAAGGACUUGGACGGCAAAUUUUGGGGUUUUGAGGAAGGAGAUUUCUUAUUGGUUGACACGCUUCACUUGAGUAGCUCAGAAUACAUAAAGACCAUCCUUGAAACUAGAUGCGCGCAGAAGUUCGAAGAUGGAUGCCGCUUCGACGAACACACACUAUUGCAACUUACGCUGAGAGUGAGCUCUGGACGCACGUUCACGGUGACCUUUGAUCCCCAAUCUGCGCCCACAUUGAAACGUUCGCGUACCAUUCAGGCAGCCGAAGGGCAUAUGAUUGUUGAUUACGACGUUUUUUCUGAUCCUGAGGAUUUGUAUGACAAACCUUUGCAAACACAUUUCAGAGGUUAUGGUGGUGGUGAUGGAUGCAAAUUCCGUCAACAUGGAACUGCUUUCGAAAUCGGCGUAGUUCAAAUGCCAAUUGACGGAGAUUUUCGCCGAUUGUCUUCUUUGUUGUUGGUUGAUGAUUGUAGUGUGGAGCACGUGAAAGAUGCGCGUAACCAUUUUAAAUCUGGCAACGUCGCCCAUGUUCUUUGUCACAUUGGUGGUCACGAAGCUGCGGCUGCGUUGAUGAAGCUUGUUGGAGCUGGUCUUGAGAGUCUCCUGGUUGAGUGCGAUCAGUGGGGAAUGAGUCCUGCGUUCUAUGCGAUCACGUCCCCAUACUCAUCAACAGCUUGUUUGGAAGCUGUCUUGAGCUGUGCGCAGGAUGCGGUCAAAUGGGUUUGGACGGAGCCAAGGCCAGACGGAGGUGGUUUCGGUUAUGGGUUUAACCUUGCACACCUCGCUGCACACGAGGGCAAGGAUGUGUGCUUGGAGGUACUGUCACGGUUUGGCGGCGCCUGCAAUAUAUUCAGUGCGCGUUGCAGGUUUCGGUCUUGGACACCAGCACACCACGCGGUUGGAGUGCGACAGGGCAGUUGUUCUGAUUCAGACGAGCUCGAAUUAUUGGCGCCGUUGCACGAUUCAGAGAUUCCGAAUCGUUUGCGGUGCCUCCAGAUACCGAUUCUGCACGAAUCUAUAUUACAAUACGUGGCGCCCUUGCUCCAGCUCGACACAUAUUCAAGUGGGCAAAGCUUCUCGAAUUCUUUGGGCAUUGCUCAAAAGGAUGCCCGAGAUGCAUCCAGUCUCUGUGUCAAAGAUUGUUAUGGCUUCACUGCGGCCCAUUAUGCAACGAGGAAGGAAUUCCUCGACUACUUGUUGGAGAUCGGUGGCCUCGCCCCUCUGUACGAGGAUAUGAUUGCGCGGCCAGACAGGUUGGCGUUGCGCGAAGGGGGCACCAAGGAUAUGCCAAGCUGCUGGCACGAUGUGACACGCAUUUUGACAUCGUCGCGAAAGUACUUGCCGCUACAGGUUCGCCAAUUGUGGCUUUCGGCUGCUAUGAAGGCGUCGAUACCAGAUGGCGAUGAAGGGCUAGUCCUCGUAGUGGACUGGUCUUCACCGCUCUCGGGUGCUUGCGAAGCCCUUGGCGUAGACGAACACAGUGGGUCGCUGACCACAGCGAGGCCUGCACUUCUCACAACCGUUCGCAAUGCAGCCUCAGAUGCAGCCGCAGGUGAUGGCCUUCGCCGGGAAUGGCUAACUAGGGUCGCCGCGCGGCUGCUCGAGCCCGACCAUGGCCUCUUCGAGCAGGACCCAGGCCGACGCACACUAGUUGUGAACAAGCACUCUGGUGAUAUUGUGCCGGACCAUUUGGCGCAGUUUGCUUUGCUAGGUCGAGUAAUAGGUUUGGCAUUUCUGCACGGCGAGCAGAUACAAAAGCUUAGCGAUUUAAACGGCGUUGUCUUGAGUCAGCUGUUAGGGCGCGACAUGAACUCCGCAGACGCACUGGCAGUGCUGGACCCAGAGAAGUUCAAAAACCUGAGUCUGUUGGAAGGCCUAGACGGCCCGUCUGUAGAGUCAGCGCACUUAGUGUUUUCCGUGAGCAAGUUCUCUCUGCCAGAGUACCUUGCCCCAUGUGGCAGAGCAGGAUUCGAUGAGGAAGUGGAAUUGAAGAUUGGAGGUGCCAACGUUUCUGUCACUAAAGAGAAUGUCGGCGAAUACAUAAACCUCGCUGCAAAGUAUUGGGUGACGCAGUUGUGUGACCAGAGCCAGCCUCAACUCGUUGCCGCCAAGGCUGGUCUCGGGGUUUUGCUGACGCCGCACAUAGAGGCGGCUAUGAAUCGACUGUUCACGCUCACAGAGAUCCAGCUUACAUUGGGUGGGCUCGUUGAGAUCACAGAUGAUAUUGUGAAAGACUGGAAACAACACACGAUAUACGAGGGUGCAGUGUCGUCAUCUCAUGUUUUGGCAUUGUGGUUUUGGAGUGUUGUAUCUGAGUUUUCCUUCGCAGACAGGGCCAAGCUGCUUGCAUUCUGCACUGGCUCACCAAGUCCUCCUGCAGUUGGCUUCUCCAGACUGCCAGGCUUCAACGGAGGGAUCGCUCAAUUCACAUUGGUUGGCACAGGGUCGUCCGAGGAGCAGUUGCCGUCAGCAAGCACCUGCUUUGCUAAAUUGAAGUUGCCUGCGUACAAGAGCUUACAAACGCUCCGAAGCAAGCUAACUCAAGCAAUCGAACUCUAUGAAGGAUUCGCGGAGGCCGCAGUGGGCCACGCUUGAGUUUGAGAGGUGGGUGGAUAGGGAGCACUUAUGGCUGCGCCGGGAAAAUAUAUAUACACGGCUACACAAACACCAGCCACGAGUGGCCUUGGCGCUACCAGCGAUGUUCCUGGCAGGGCGCUGCAAAUAUUUUUGCGAGUAUGCGCGUACGCCACACCACGUUUGAGGGUUCCUCUAGGUCAGCUCCAGCACAUCGGUAAGAAUCGCGUGCCGCACAUAUGGAGGUGGCGGUGGCGCGGGUGCGCGAGGUGAGCUUUUUCCAGGGGGCGUCGUAUAUGCGGAGAGCGGCCCAGCGCCGAAUGGGUACGCCCAGUAGCACCCAGCCUCGCUUACAAUGAACGCAGUCCCAAAUAGCCAC